AUGGCGCCGUCGAAGAAACCGGAGAAGCCGCGCAUGGUGAUACGCCUGCUGAUGAUCGGCGACAGCAGCGUCGGCAAGACGAGCUUGGUCGUGCGCUACGACGAGGAUAGCUUCAGCGCGACGCCGCGUCCGAACCUGCACGCCAUCGACGCGACGUGUCCGUGAUUGCGUCUGCUUGACGACGACGGUCGCCGGCGCAGGUACCAUGUUCAUGACGACGAUCGGAGUGGACUAUCGAGACAAGCUUGUAAAGAUAGAAGGAAGGGAUAUCAAGCUGCAAAUCUGGGACACCGCGGGCCAGGAGCGCUUCCGAUCCCUCACGUCCAACUUCUUCGGCCGCGCGGAUGGCUUUGCGGUCUGCUUCGACGUGGGCGCGCGCGCGUCGUUCAACCACGUGCGCCAGUGGCUCGACGACGUCGAGAAGAACAAAAAAGGGCCCGUUGAGUUGUGCCUAAUCGGCUGCAAGUGCGACCUCGCCGCUGAAAAACGACAGGUGUCGAAGGCUGAGGCUGAAAAAUUAGCGGGUGAAAAGGGCCUGCCCUACUUCGAGGCCUCGGCGAAGACGAACCAGAACGUGGCCGAGGCCUUCGAGGACCUCGCGGCACGGGUCCUUCGCAAAAAAGCUCCGUCUUCGGACGAUGUGGUGCGCCUCGCGGACGAGGCUCCGACGCGUCGCUCGAGGUGUUGUAACUAG